AUGAAUUAGAUAAAAGAACUUUAGAUAAAAUGUUCUAUUGAAGAACAUGAUUAUGUUGAAUUAGCAUGUUUCAAUUAAUAAUGUAAAGCUAAUAGAGUUUAUUGUCAUUAAUGUCUUAGGAAUGGAGAUCAUAUUGCUCAUAUUAAGGAUUAAAAGAAUAUAAAGGAAUUAAUUGAAUUUUUUAAUAAAGUUGAAUAAGAGAAUGAAGAUUUAAUAUAGAAAUUAAGUUUGAUGCUUGGAGAAAUAAUUGAACUAUUUACUUAAUUAAAUUAAGGAUUGCAAUAAAAAUAUAAAUUCUCUAAGAAGAGGUUGUAAAAAUUGAAUGCAAAGCAAUUGAAUUAAGUUUUAGAUUAAGUGCUAAAAUAUGAUGAAAUUACAAAAGUUUUAUUUGAAGAUAUACAAAAAUCUUCAGAUGAUAUGAUCAUUUAAUUAAAAGGAAAUAUUAAAGAUUUGAAAUUAGAGGAAGCAAAUAGUCAUUAAUAAAAUAAAUAAGAACAAGAAAAAUUAGAAAAAUUCUAAUAAUUAUAUUAAAAAGGUAAUCAAAUGAUUAAUUUAGGAUACAAAUUAUAUUACGAUGAUAAUAAAUAUGAAGAAGCAAUUAAAGUAAUAGAUGCUGCACUACUCAUUGAUCCUAACCAUGUUGAUUCAUUGUUUAUAAAAGGUAUAAAAACCAUACACAAAUGUAUUAGCUGAUUCUUUAAAAAUGGUUUAAGAUUACAGAGAAGCAAUUAAAUGGGCAGAAAAAGCUUUGUCUAUAAAUUCAAACCAUGUCAAUUCAUUAUCUUCAAAAGGUAAUUAAAAUUUUUUAAUGUAGGUGACUCAUUAAGAAUUUUGGGUAAAUAUAACGAAGCUCUCAUGAUUUUAGAAAAAGCAUUAAAUAUUAAUUAAAAUCAUGAUAUAUCUUUAGCCAGAAAAGGUUUACUAUAUUUUAAAUUAUAUAGGAGCCUGUUUACAAUCAUUAUCAAAAUUUUAACAAGCUUUUAUUUGUUACAUUAGGGCUCUUUAAAUCAACCCAGAUAAUUAAUGGGCUAAAAAUAAAUAAGGUAUUAUAAUUGAUAUUAAUAGCUGAAUGUAAGAAAUAACUUAAUCUAAAAUAUAAGUGA